AUGAUCAACUUUUUUGGUGGCAAGGCAUCGAACGCCUCGGCUGCUUCGACGAAUGGCGCACGUCCUGCCUCAACAUCAAGCGCCUCUUCUACUGCGGCUGCCGGUCAACCUCCUCUGAAAAAGACCAAACUCGCCCCAUCGCCCGUCACAGUCGUCACAACCGUCAAGAGGAAGGUGGCCCCACCCAAACCCGCCGAACCCCGCGAUCCCAUCGCUGCUCUCUCUGGCUACAACUCCAAGAAUGCUUUGCCCGAAGAGAAACGUCGACGCAUCAUCGAAGAGAGGCUAGCCGCGCAACGUCAAAAGUCGAUCGAGACCAGUCUCGAGGCCCAACUUAAAGCUCCUGUCAAAAAGUCUGGCAGCUCGACCUCGCGCAAAUCCGCAGCAUCGUCCUCCAAGCCAAAACAAAAGAAGCCUCGCAAGAAGGUCGUCGACUCGAGCUCUGAAGACGACGACUUUGGCGACUACGGCAAAUCGUCUCGCAAGUCAAGCACUGCUCCUUCCACGCCUCGCGGGUCCAAGCGUGCGAGCGUCGACCCCCAUCCGAGCUCGGACAGCUACCAAAAGGUUGGACGAGAAGGCGUGCGACCCAAUUACACUGUUCCACGCGACAUCCUCGCAUCCUCCACCCAGACAAGGUCCAACGGCGACGCAGCAACCGACGCAGCGCAUCCAACAGCUGCCAGACCCAUCUCCUCUGCCGACAUCGUCACCGCCAACAUCAAGGGCUACGGCCCAUACUUUCAUGGUCUCGGCGAUGCUCCCCGCGCUGUCCUCGAGUAUCCCGGUCCAGGUGCUUCCGAGGAGUUCCUGCUGCUGGUCCCCAAGGAUGCCGACGAGUACGAUCCUCUCAUGGAGCUCCUCGCCACGGUCCGUGCCAUUGCGACGCACUACCUCACACCAGAACAACGCAAAGCUUUUGGCGCGCUCGACAGUCUCGAGGUAUCUAACAAUGCCGGCAUGAUCUUGCCUAGUGCCUCCAACGGUACAUCUGCUUCUACCAGCGCCACUUCCAACGCGACUGCAGCUCUCGCCGAAUCGAAUGGCAUCAAUGGCGCGCGUGCAAGGUCAGCCGAUUUGCUCGACGGUCAAGGCUCAAAAGCCGAGCGUCGAGAUGAGCUCAUCGGCCGUGGCACGGGCAAGGAUGCUGGAUCCAGUACGCCAGAGCCUCAUGCCAAUGGCAUCUCGCAGACGGCGCCGGUUUCCCCAACUUCGCAAAGUGGCAGCAUUAAUGCAUCGACAGGUGGUGCUUCGGUCGCAAAGACGGUUCUCGUCAAUAACGCCUUGCUUCGACUCGACUCGCCCGCUCCUACCGAGCUCUCGCUCGCCUCGGACCACUCCUCCUCCACUCCCGCAUCCUCAUCGGCCACCGACCCAGACUCGAUCCUCCGCUCCUUCACCAAAGCACGCAAUCGUCGCGAUGGACCGCUGUUCAUGCGCACGCUCGCGCGCUUCAACUCCGCCCUCGUCGCCUUGCGUGACACCGGCGCCCUCGCAGCCAACAUCGCCGAACUCGGCAUAUCCACUGGCGUACCAGAGGGGAUCUGGCGGUUGAUUCAGGAUCAAGUGUACGCACGUGUCGUAGGUCCACGCGUCGAAGAGCUCGGGCGGUAUCAAGCUUUCUCGGACAACGUCUACGGCGAACUACUGCCACGCUUCAUGUCCGAGAUCGCGCAGCUUACUGCGCUUGGUCCUGACAAAGUCUUUGUCGACCUCGGAUCCGGUGUGGGGAAUUUGCUGAUUCAGACGAGUCUGCAGACUGGUGCCGAGGCGUUUGGGUGCGAAAUGAUGCCCAUUCCAGCCUCGUUGGCGAGUCAACAGAUUGUCGAGGCACAGUCUCGGUGGACUGCGUGGGGUUUGCGGGGUGGUGGAGCGAUCGAAGCCUGGCAGGGUGAUUUCGGAGAACACACCGGUGUCCGAGAUGUCCUCAAACGAGCGGAUCUUGUGUUGGUCAACAACUAUGCGUUCCUACCGCGAACGAACGAGAACCUCUCAUUGCUGUUUUUGGAUCUGCCAGAUGGGGCCAAGGUGGUCUCGUUGAAACCGUUCGUUCCGCCGGACUUCAGGUUGACGCAGAGGACGUUGAGCAGUCCAUUGGCCAUCUUGCGGGUGACGGAGAGGUUGUACACUUCCGGAUGUGUGAGUUGGGCGGACGGUGGUGGGAAGUACUAUAUUCAGGAGGUGGAUAGGAGCUUGGUGAGGGAGUUCUUGGAGGGGAAGAGGGACGUUGGUGGUGAUGGAGGACCGAGGGGAAAGAGGGGGAAGAAGGAGGAGGACGGUGGGAAGAGCGAUUUGAUGGUGGGUCAGGAUGUCAGGAGGAAGCGAUGGAAGGCUGCGAUUGAAGACGAUGAUGACGAGGAUGAGGACGAGAUCUGA